AUGGGAUCAGGUUUUAUCGGAAGCUAUAGUCAAGAUCUUAGUGCAUAUGUGAGUUGGGAAGCAACUAACAUGGAAGUGGUAACAAGAGCUCCACCCUUUGAUUUCUAUCCUCCACCAAAGAGAAAAGCAAUCAAGUCUAGUGAGAAGGGUUGCAAAGAUGGUAACAAGGAAGGGAGAUGGACAGAGCAAUUGCUUAACCCUUGUGCCGUGGCCAUUACGGCAAGGAACUCAUCAAGUUACCUUUGCGUUCUCUCGGAACUGGAGUCUUCUUCUGGCGAUGCUAAUCAUCAGCUUACAGCUUUUGGACUUCGGAGGUUGCAACAUCAUCUUUCCUCAUCCUCACUGUCAUCAUUUUUUUGGCCUGUAGUUACUUUUGCUUCAGCAGAAGUGAAGAUGUUUCAGAAGACUUUGUUAAAGUUUUAUGAGGUAAGCCCUUGGUUUCCUUUGCCUAAUAGCAUGUUAAACUCUGUUAUCCUGCAGAUUCUAGCACAAGAUCCCAUAGAUAAGAAAAAUGGAUCUAUAUAUUGCUGAUACGGUGUCUCUCACGGAAUGCAGUGACCCACUUUGUUGGAGGCUCUGAGCUGCAGAUCAGAAGGACCUCCUCCUCAUGUUCGAAUAACUAUUGUAUCUGAUCUUACCACAGACAUACCUUUCUCACCCUCUUACAGAAAUGAUUUCCAACUCCUUGGCUUUGCUCAGUCUCUCAAGAUCAACUUCCAGAUUAGUGUACUUGACAAGUUCCAAGUCACCUCACCUCACGAGACCUUGAUCAUAUGUGCUCAGUUUAGGUUGCAUCACCUGAAGUAUAGCAUCCUUGAUGAUAGAAGCGAGGCUUAGAGGGCACUGAGAAGUUUAAGGCCAAAACAAGUGAUUCUUUGUGAGAAAAAUGGAGAAUACAGUACCAGUGGGGACUUUGUAGCAGGGUUCUCAAGGAAACUUGAGUAUCUGUGGAGAUUUCUGGUAAAAGAAGAGACUAGCGAGGAGAGAAAGCUAAUUGAAGGAGAGGCAACAAAGGUGUGGAUGAAUGAAGGAAAAGAUAAAUGGUAUGAGAGGAUGAGGGGCGGUUAUGCCGCAAAAGCAUCUGGAGAAGAUGCAAUUGAUGGAGCCAAAUGUUUACUAAGAAAAUAUGACAACUGCUGGGAAUUAAGAAUGGAAGAUAAAGGUACCGUCGCUGGGUUAAUAUGGAGAGUAGAUUCCUUUUGUUCAUUAUGGAAGUAG